AUGGCUAAGGUAGAAAGAAUUGCCGUCCAUUCACAUAUUAGAGGUUUAGGCCUAUCGGACUGCUUACAGCCAAAAAAUACUUCGCAAGGAAUGGUUGGACAGCUUAAGGCAAGAAAAGCUGCAGGGUUAAUAUGCCAAUUAAUAAGAGCUGGUCGUAUAGCAGGAAGAGCUGUCCUAUUAGCAGGACAACCAGGAACAGGAAAAACAGCAAUAGCUAUGGCUAUUGCUAAAGAAUUAGGACAAGAUACACCAUUUACGCAUUUAUCUGGAUCAGAAAUAUUUAGUUUAGAGAUGUGCAAGACGGAGGCAUUAACACAAGCAUUUAGGAGAUCUAUUGCUGUAAGAAUUAAGGAAGAAGCAGAAAUUAUUGAGGGAGAGGUGGUAGAACUAGAGAUAGAUAAUCCAACAGGACAAGGAGCAGCGCCUACAGGAAGAAUGUCUCUUAAGACUACAGAGAUGGAGACAUUAUAUGAUUUAGGAUCUAAACUUAUUGAUGCAUUAGUUAAGGAGGGAAUAACAGCAGGAGAUAUAAUAUCAAUAGAUCGUGGGAGUGGAAAAGUCUCAAAAAUUGGAAGAGGAUUCAGCAGAGCUAAGGACUAUGAUGCUGUUGGGCCUACUACUAGAUUCGUACAAUGCCCUGAGGGAGAAUUACAGAAGAGAAAAGAAGUUGUACAUACAGUUACCCUACAUGAUAUUGAUGUUAUUAAUAGCAGGGCUCAAGGAUUUCUUGCUCUUUUUGCAGGAGACACAGGAGAAAUAAAGCCCGAGGUUAGAGAACAAAUUGAUGCUAAAGUUGCUGAAUGGAGAGAAGAAGGAAAGGCAGAAUUGAUACCUGGUGUGUUGUUUAUUGACGAAGUUCACAUGCUCGACAUCGAGUGCUUCUCCUUCCUUAACAGGGCAUUAGAGAGCGAGGCAGCGCCAAUAGUAGUAAUGGCAACAAAUAGAGGAAUAACAAGAAUAAGAGGGACAGACUAUAAAUCUCCUCAUGGUAUACCAUUAGAUCUAUUAGAUAGAACUCUUAUUAUACCUACUCUUCCUUAUACUGAACAAGAAAUGAGACAGGUACGUACUCCAGCAGCAGCAGCAGCAGCAGCAGCAACAGCAGCAGCAGCAGCAACUGCAGCAGCAGCAGCAGCAACUGCAGCAGCAGCAGCAGUAGCAGUAGAACAGCACCAGAAGUAG